CGAUGCGAGGGACGCGAAUUCCUCUCUAUCUCGACGUAGCUACUUUUCCCACUUAAAUUGUCCCACAAGUUUUGGGACAAUCUUAUCUUAACUUUCAAUUCUUAGAGCAUUUCCUAAAUGACGGACCGCACUCGGGGAGUCUUACCUUGAGCCUACGGUUUCCUUACCCCCACUUUCUGGAAGUGGUUCCCUUUCUCAGCAUUUCUAUCCUCGAACAAAGAUAUAUGGAAUCAUCGCUCCCUUAUGUUUCGAAUGGUGAAAGCUCAACCCUAACCUCGUUAUUUUAAAGCGUCCGAAAGCAAAACGUGGAAGUUCUUGUACAAAAAGAUGGCGAAUAUUACAAAACCAAUGAUUGUUCCAGCAUCCCACACCUCAUCACAACCACUUGAACAAUUCGAAAAUCCCAACAGAGGGAAUUGCACCUGGCAUACAAUUUUCUCCCAGCCACAAACUCCAACAGAUUCCAUGUGUUCAGGAAUCGGCACAUGUCAGCCUCGCAAUGGAAGACUUUGUCCUCACCGGCACAAGCAAGCCGAGAUAUACUAUAUCAUUUCUGGCAAAGGAAUCGUACGCAUCGAUGAGAAGAACUACGAAGUUGAAGCUGGAAGCUCGGUCUUCAUUCCGGGAGAUGCGGAGCAUGGAGUAUUCAAUCUGGGAGAGGAGGACUUGAAGUGGUUCUAUGUCUUUCCCACAGGAGCUUUCAAAGAUAUUUUGUAUCGGUUCUCAGACGAAGUGGAGGGAAAGGCGCUUCCGACAGUGGCACAGUUGAAAGCAAAGUUGUGAAGAUGAUCGGCCGUCGAUGCUACGGAUGUGUUGAAGUGAACCAGGCUUGUUAGGCAUGGGUGCUGGGAAGGCCUCGUGCGAUUGUCCA